GCGGAAGCGGAAGUGAGGAAUAGAGACACGUGGUGCGCCGGGAGCGAGAGUGGAGCGCGUGCUAGAGCAGCGACAGACAUGAAGAGACCUAAGUUGAAGAAGGCGAGCAAACGCGUGUCAUGCGCCAAACGCUUCAAAAUACAAAAGAAGGUUCGGGAGCAUAACCGUAAAUUACGGAAAGUGGCAAAGAAGAAAGGGAUAAGCCGAAAACCAAAGAAAGAUAUUGGAGUACCGAACAGUGCUCCUUUUAAAGAGGAAGUGCUUCGAGAAGCUGAGCAGAGAAAACAGGAGUUAAUAACUGGCCAUCACAGUGGCCCUGCCAGAUUGAUGACCCAAAAUUUAAUUUUCAAUAAGAUAAAGUAUAGGGGGAAAAACAACAACAACAAAAAGAUCGGCAUUUCAAAGAUCGGCAGAUAUUGUCAUCUCAAAAUGUUUAUUUUACAGCAACAGAGGAAGCAGAGAGGAAUCAAUGCAGUUCUGGAUCACAGCAGAGCAGCUUCAUGUUUUGGAAGAGACUGUCUCCUACAGACGCUUACUGACUUGGCUAACAAGAAGGAUGCCGAGACCAUGCUUAAAGUUGGUGUUGUCGGUUUCCCUAAUGUCGGAAAGAGCAGCAUCAUCAAUAGUCUGAAGGAAGUCCGAGUGUGUCAUGUUGGUGUACAGAGAGGAAUGACCAGAUGUAAGCAGGAAGUGCAUAUUACUAAGAGGCUGAAGAUGAUCGACAGUCCAGGGAUUGUGGCGGCCUCCAGUAACCCAGGAGAUGUGAUGGCCCUCAGGAGCUUGCAGGUGGAGGAGAAGGAGGAGAGUCCACUGGAAGCGGUCAGGACUCUGCUGAAACAGUGCAAUCAGCAGCAUAUAAUGUUACUGUAUAAUGUCCCAGACUACAGAAACUCCUUAGAGUUCUUGACCACCUUUGCCAAGAAACGAGGCUUCCUGCAGAAAGGAGGCGUUCCAAACACAGAGCUGGCAGCCAUGACAUUCCUCAGCGACUGGACCGGGCCAAAACUGAGUUACCACAGCAGAGCUCCGGAGCACCAGGGCCUCCCCUCAUACCUCACUGAUGCCAUCGUGACUGAACUGAGGUCAGGUUUGGAUAUGGAUGUAGUGAGGAAGGGCAAUGAAAAUGUUAAGAAAGGUGUGCGAUUUCCCAACCUAGCGAGCAGUAUAAGUUUUAACGCAAGGGGCCCAACCGCUGGUGUGCUGAAUGUCAGUGAGCUACCUAAAGAAACCAUAACAAUCACAGCACCAACAGAAGCAGACGAGAAGAUGGAUGGGACCGUCAACACAGAGGAGCCUGAGGCUGAAACUCAAGUUUCAACAGUGGUGACACAGAUUCAAGAAUCAACAAAAAAGAGAAAAGCCAAACCAACUAAAAAAGUGAAGUAUGUCCCUGUCAACAUUGACCUGACUUCAGUGCAGCAUAACAAUGACGACGCAUAUGACUUCAACACAGAUUUUGUGUAAAAUUUCACCAGUAUGUACAGAUUUAUAUGGACUGAGAGGAAUCGAAUUGUGAAACUGCACUCAGUUGGAGUGCAUACUGUGUGAUCUGUCUAUGUAUUAAUACAUCAUAAAAUGUAUUUAGUUGACUAAAUAAAAGUUGAAUACGCUUACAUUGCAUACAAAACUUAUACUGAGCUUUAUUCAAUACUUUGUUGGAACACUUUUUUCCUAUAUGUACAAAUUGGCAUAUUUUUCCCUUCGGGUUGAGGACAAUGCUGAGUAACAGCUGAUAUGUGGAGAGAAAAAAACAUGCAUCCAUAGAAAUGUAACAACACUGAACACAACAUAAAGGGAAAGUGGUUCCUGUAGUGUCAAAAACAGAAAUUCUGAAAUUUUAAUUGUCACAGGUUUUUGUCUCGAGCCCUAAAGCGGUCUAAAAUACUUUAUAAUGAACAUUUCAAACAUUUCAACAUACAUUUCAAAAUUAAGAACAAAAAGAGUGGGUCCAUAAUUUCACCCAACAGUAUUUGGGAUCAUACCUCUUGUUAAAAAAAAUCUAGACACUUGCAUGGAUG